AUAUAAAGAAUAAAGAAUAAUUGUUUGUUCCAACCCUACGAUGGGCAUUUAUACUGUUGCAAUCAUUAUUGUAACGUAAAACAAAAAAAUGUUAAGGUAAGUGGUUCUACAUUAUUUUCUUUAUUCUACUGUCAUCGAUGGGUAAUUAUUAACAUUGGGAUCCAGGGUCUUUGGCUGGCUAGCGUCUGUGUUGCCAAGGGAACGGCCAAGCAACAUUCGGUGUCCAUGGUAACGGGCCGUAAGUGGACGUCUCCAUGGGAAUGGAUUGAGAUUGCAGCAGUCGCUCCUAAACUUUCGUGCUUUAAAAGGUUCCGGCAGAGGUGAACUUUUUUUUUUUAGCUCUCUGUGCAGGUGCAGCGGCAGUAUCUUUUAACAUCUAUUUUAACAUCUAUUUUAAUAUUGUUUUAACAGCCGUACAAUAUAAGCCCUGAGCAACAGUUUGACCUAGCAACUAGCAUUUAGCUCAUUAGCAGGAUUUUGAUUAGAGAGAACGUGUAAAAUGAGUUUCAGGUGGGAACCAAGUGCUGAUUCACCACGACUGGAGGCUGUGAUUCAGAAACUGGAAGAAUCUUUCCUUCAGUCUGACAGCAGCUCAGAGGUGACAAGUUUUUCAGUUCAAGACGAUGGACACGACACUGAUUUUAGGCCCUUGCCUGCCUCCACAAGAAUCCACCACAGCAUCACACGCGGAGCCGCUGAGCUGCCACCUAGUGAGAGAUCUGAGGACGGUGACCAGCUGGGGAGAAGGUCCUUGAGGGAGCCAGUGUGUCUUAGCGAGAUGGACUAUGAACACACACCAGACAAACAGACCAGCGUCACAGAUCUGGUUGAUCAAAUGCUAACGCUACACGCUGCGGACUCAGACCAAGAGAGUGUGUUUCUACAAAACAAGGAGAGAGCUUACAGCCAAAGGUUGCAGCUCUACCAGGAAGCCCAGGGCAGACAAGCUCAACUCGUCGAGAAGCUGCAGACUAAGGUUCUACAGUACAAAAAGAGAUGUGGAGAGCUGGAGGAGCUGGCUCUGGAGAAAACGUCAGAUUUAGAGAAGAUGCGACUGUUGCUGCAGACUCACCUGGACAGAGCUCAGCGUCAACAGCAAACAGAGCAGGAUCUCAAUACUGCUAUAGAAAAGAAGUGUUUUCAGCUGGAGGAGGAGCAGAAAAGGUGUGCCAGUCUCAGCCGGGUGAACUCCGUGCUGAGGGAACAGCUGGAGCAGGCGGGCACCGUCAACCAGGAGCUAACGGAGAGCUUGUGGAAGGUCCAAGAAGACGUGGAGUUGUGGGGUAACCAUCUGCAGAAAGAGCAGGAGACUCGUGCCCCUCGGCUGACUCGUGAACAGCCCCGUGUCAAAGUGCUGUGGCGCCAAGCCUCCUCCCUGCAGUGCUCUUUUACGCAUCUGAGGACGUUCACUGACAGGACUCUGUCUGACAUGCGAGGGGAGUUCGUCGCCGUCAGACAGCAGCUGAGGUCCGUGUGCAUGAGCUUAGAGGCCAGAGCGGUGCAGAACAGCACCUCUAGUGGUGCAGAAAUCUCAGCGCUGGAAAAGCAGCUGAGGGACAAGUUAAAAGAGGCCCUGCAACAUCAGAGUCAAUGGGAUACAGAAAAAGUCCGUCUCAACUCCAGAAUCCUGGAGCUGUCGGACACGGUGAAGCACCUCCGCGGCCGGAACAAUGAGAAGGACGCCAGCCUCGCAGCCGCGCACGUCAGUCUGGACACGAUGGAGAAGAGGAGAACAGAGGACAAAGCAGACAUGAAGGACCUUCGCACAGAGAUCCAGACUCUCCAAAAGAUUUUAAGCCAAGUUCACAAGUUGGUUGGAGGGAAGGGCUCUGAUAACUCUUUAGCUCAGCCUGACUGGUCUGCUCUGAAGAAUAAUACCGUAAUGGCUGUGCAGAGUGCACUCUCUAAACACCAAAAACAAGCACAGGAUCUACGUGGUUGUCUGGAUGCAGCGCUGGAGCAAGUGGACGAUCUGCGCCGUCACCUACAGGAGAGAGACUCGGAGAAGAGGGAACUUGAGCUGAAGGUCCAGGAAGUGUUACGGGAAAGUCAGGAGGCGAAGACAUCGCUGGCGGAAAGCAUCCGAGACAGCAGCAGAUAUUGCCGCUCUCUGGAGCUCAUCUCCAGUGAGAAGGACAGUCAAGAGAAGCUGGUGUCAGGACUGCAGCAGGAGGUGGACUCCCAGCGUGCCGAGCUGGAGGCGCUGCAGGGCUCCUCGCUGGAGCUUCAGAGAACGCAGGACUUCCUGAUGCAACAGAGGGAGGAUCUUGAGAUGCAGCUGACACGCCAGCAAACAGAGGCCCAGAGAGGCAAAAGUAGCCUCGAGGAGCUGGAAGAGAAGCACUCUCAGCUGCGUAGGGAGCUGGUGACAGUGAAGGAGAACCUAAAUCAAAUAACUCUGCAAAAGGAGGUUUUGGAGGAGGACAAGGCCAGUCUUUCUCUGGCUGUUAGCAAGCUGGAGUCACAGGGAUCGGCACAGGAAGUAGCAAUUACCAAACUGCAGAGUCAGGAAGCAAAUCUGAAAAACUCUCUGUCCAAAAUGGUUGUUCUCAGCAAAGGCUUGGCCAAAGACAAAGUGGAACUCAAUCGCAUCCUUCUGCAGAAGGAAGGUGAGAAGGCCGAGCUGGAUGAGCGCAGACGUGAAGCCGAGGUGGAGCGGGCAGCGGCCAGGGAGGAGACGGCACGGGUGCAGCAGGAGAUAAUGAAUCUCCUCGCUGAGAAACAAGUCCUCGACAGCUCCCACAGCCACAUGCACAAUCUCUGCCAGAAGCUAGAGGCAGAGCUAAGCCUCUUGCAGAGGGAAAAAACUCAGGCCCUGGAACAGCAUUCACAGGUGACCAGACAGAUGCAGGUCAUUUCAGAGGAGCUGUAUGUCUGCAAGAAAGAGCUUGAAACCAAGUCCACCUCCUUGAAGAGAGCUACUCAGGACAGGGAAGAGCUGGCUAAGGAAAAGGCUGCUCUGGAUGUCAACCUGAACUCCACUGAACGGAAGGCCUACGGCCUCAUGCAGGAGCUGGUUGCACUCAGAGCAGAGAAGGAGUCCCUAGAGGCCGCUCUGUUUGAAAGCCAGGCUGAGAACACCAGGAUAGAGGAGGAGAAGCACGGGCUGCUCCUGACUAACGAGGCCUUGACGCGUGAUUCUGCCUGCAAGCGUGUCGAAGCUGAACAGCAGUUGGCACAGGCCGCAGAAAAAGAAAAAACACUGGUGGAAAAGUUGACCCAAUCGGAGAGGCAAGCCCGAGUGACCCUGAACAAGAUGGAAGAAAUACACAGAGAUCAACUUGAGACCGAACGCCAGAAACAUGAGCGGCGGUGCGUGGAGCUGAGGUUUCAGUGGGAGCAGGCUGAGGAGCAGCUGCGGAGACAGUGUCAGGAGCAGCGUGUGUGCAGCCAGCAGGAGCUGCAACAGGUGCAAGAGGAGCAGGCCAAACUUCAACAGGACUUUAAUAAAAGGCUUCUGCAGGCUGAGAGUGAAAAGCAACAGGCUCUGUCCCAGAAGGAGGCUGAGAAGGCUGCCCUCACAGAGAGGUUUACAGCCCUGCAGCAUGACUUGGCCACAGCACACAGUGAGCUGGAGCACACCAAGAGGGAGUCACUCAGCAAACAUGAGCAGGAUAAGAAUGUAAUUGCUGCCCUUCGGUAUGAGCUGAAGGAGUUACGGACGGAGUUUGAAGAGUCUUUGAACUCCCAUGAAAAUACAAAAAAAAGUUUUGCCGAGCAGGUCAGGGAGUUGAACAAACAGAGAGAACACGCAGAGAAGGAGUUGGAAGGCCUUCGCCAGCAGACGCAGGCCGCGCAGGAUGCGCUCGUGAAAGGGCAGCAGGAGUUAAUUGAGCUUCACAGAGAACUCCAAGAGUGUGCACAGGAAAGGGACAGACAACGGAAAGAAGCUCUGGACCAGAGACGACUUUUAGGAGACGAGAGCAGGGAGCGAGAGGCCGUUCAAAGCUCCAACCAGGAGCUCCGAGUCUUCGUCAAGAGAGCGGAGAGCGAGAACAAAAGCCUAAAACGAGCCUUGGAGGAGAGGAAUCAAAAAGUGGCCGUGUUAGAGGAAUGUCGAAGCUCCAUGGAUCAAGAGGCAAACGCUUUACGGAGCAGUGUGCGAGAUCUGGAGAAGACUCGUCUGCAAGCACGCAGAGACCUGCAGGAGCUGCGCAGACAGGUGAAGAUCCUUGAAAGUGAGAGCAGCCGGCAGAAGCAAGAGCUGCAGGAGCUGCAGGCUCGACUUUUUCAGGAGGAGCGCAAGGAGGAAGAGGCGCGUCGCGAGGCUUUUAGUCUGAGGCAGAAAGUGCUGGAGUGUGAGGCAGGAAGAGAUGCAGCACUGAAUGAGGUCGCAGUUCUUCAGUGUCAUCUGUUAGAAAUGGAGUCCAAGGAGCAGCAGAGUCAGGAGCUGCUGCAGGAGAAAGAGGCUUUCCUGCAGCAGAGCGGACAACAACAUAGGGACACGUACACCCAGAUGAAGGACGCGUUAGAAAAUGCCAAGGACCAGGUCAGGAAGUUGACCGCACGGGUUGUCCUGAGUGAACAAAAAUGUGAAGCCCUGCAACGGCAGCUUAACCAAAGUGAGGCUAAGUCUAAGGACCUGGAUCUGAAGUUGACCCGGUUGUGUUCAGCAGUUCGCCUCACAGUUCACAAAGAUGGGGCCGGUAACGUGACAGGUGGAACCGUCUUGUCUAUAUCUGAUGGUGAAGAGGAGGAGCUGGACAUUGAUGCAGUACACACAAUUCUGCAGGAAUUCCAGCAGGAAUUCAGGGAAGCACAAAGGAAAAAGGAUGAAGCCAAGUCUCAGGUGCUCAGCCUGAGUGAGCAGGUGUCAAACCUCACAGACAGCCAACAUAAGUCAAGCUCUCAAAUACUGCAACUGCAGGACUCCUUGAAACAGUCAGAGACUGGUCGAAAAGAGAUAGAAAAACAAAUGCGUGACCUGCACCUGUCGCUUUCCUUUCACAAGGAAGUGGCUUGUCGCACCGAGGGAGAGAAAAGAAGCCUUGAGGAGAAGAUUGCAACGCUCAGGAAUAGUCUGCAAACUGCUGAGUCAGAAUCCAGGGUACAACAGGAUAAGUUGGAGCUCUUGCAGAACUUGGAAUCUCACGCGAACAUGGAACGUCGGAAGCUGAAAGAGUCCCUGGAGGCGGCAGAAAACAGAGCCAGCAGCCUGGAGCUGACGCAGUGCACGCUCGAGGGCGAACUGCACCGAGCGCGACUCCGGGCGGCAGAGCUGGACGCGGAGUCCGGGGCACUGCAGGAAAGGCUGAUGGAGCUGAGAAAGAAGCUGGAGGAGAGCGAGGACCAGUGUGCAGCGCUGAGGAUCAGCGAAGAGAGGCUGACCCUGUCGCUGGCUCGAAACGAGCAGCACGAAGGUCAACUGAGAGAGCAGAUCCACAAACUGUCCCAGUCGCUCAGUGACAACCGGAGCGGCAGCGAGGUCCUGGAGGAACAGAUGACCCAGCUGCACAGGGCUCUGACGUGCAGUGAGCAGGACAGAAGGCUGCUGCAGGAACGCCUGGAUAAGAUGCGAGAUUCCCUCUCAGAGAGUAAAAAACUAAACCACACGCUGACUGAACACAACCAGAACCUUGAGAGAAACAACGAGGAUGCCGGGCUUAAAAUGUCUGAGCUGGAGAAACAGAACAGUUCACUGAAGGAGGGCCUGAAGCAGCAGCAGAAGGCUGGAGUACAGGCUCAAGGCUGCUCCCAACAGCUGCAGCAAGAAAAGGAGGAACUCCAGCGCAAGGUCAACAGUCUGCAGGGCACUUUGAAAAAGCUGCAGAAAGACCGAGGCGAGAUGGAGAGGGUGCUCUGCCGCCUCGGUAAAGAAAGGUCCGCCCUCAGAAAAACGUUGGAGAAGGUAGAGAUGGAAAGGCUGAGAAAAGAGGAAGAGGCAACAUCCGCAGCCAAAGAGAAGGAGCGAUUGGGACAAAUGGUACAGAGUCUGGAGCAGGAGCUGGCUGACAAACUCAAUGAGCAGCAGACUCUGCAGGACUACGUUUCAAAGUUGGAGCGUUCUCACACUCAGUCCUUACUGGAAGUGACAGCCCGCCAUCACCACGAGCUUGAUUUGGAGACGGAGCGUUUGCGGGACAGCCAGCUGCAAGCAGAAGAAGCGCUGGAGGCCAGGGAGAGGGCCCAUCGUCAGAGGGUGAAAUGCCUCGAGGAACAAGUGUUAACUCUGAGGGAGGAACUGGAUCAGGAGACAAGGAGACGGCACCAGUAUAUCAACCAGAUGCUGCAGCGCAGUGUUUAGGCAGAGACGCUGCAGUGAAGUAUGUAGCACCUCUGGCCUUCUCGCUCACUCUUCCCUCUGGCAGCUCCCCGACAACGUUAUGUUACAGGCAACCAGCGCAUUUGGAAGCACGCUCCCACUGGGCUCACUCCCACCCGCGCACAUGUGCUCGACGGCUUACAUUAAUCUGCGGGAAAAGUCAACAACAACAAACAAUGAGUGUUUUGUUUAUACGCGGACUGGAUGUGCCAAAUAGUUGUACGGAUUUCCUACAGCCCCGCUGCAGUCCAUGUUUAACUGUUUGUGCCGUGUCGUUUUUUUUUUCUUCUUCUUCUUCUUCUGUUGUUGUUGUUGUUAGUAUACACAUUUAUCAUAAAAAAAUAAGUAUUAAAUUCCGCAAUCAGGUUUUGAUAUUUAUUCUCGCACUCUUAGUUUCUGGCUGAUUUUUCCCGGUGUUUGGUUUGACUUGUGGUGUGGAAUCCUCUCUGAAACUGAUAGAUUUUGUCGUCGUAUUUGAUUGGAUUGAUAGAUAGAUAGACUUGGGUGACGUGUGUUAAUAAAAAGAAAUGACUUAGACGAAUUUAAAGGUGGUCGUUUUCUGUGAACUGAACCUCUGUGUUUGGCUCACACCAUAAAAAGCCUUUGUGAAUGCAGUGUUGUGGGUGAGAAAAUGACCUUCGCUCUCUAUAACCAGCUUCAUCUUCGGCGUUUUUCUUCUCACAGCUGUCAGUCCUUCGUGUGUCCCCCCGCAGAUCUUUAAUCUCCCCUUCGCUAGUUAGAAAGUUAGAAACAACAAAUGUUUUUCAUUCAGUGCGAUUGAAAGUAGCUUUAAUCCUUUACCCUUUCAUGUCAGUUUUUUUUCUUUCUUUUUCUUUUUUUUUUAACCAUACUUUUGGCACACUUUCCGCAGUGUUCACGUGUGACCUCUCGCUAUCUCACCUUGCGUGUCUCGGCUUCUCUGCACGGUGGGAGAAAAACUCUUGUCAGUUUCUUUAAAACAGCCCUUUGAUUAUCAUAGAUCCACCCAGUGGUUAUCCAGUUACCGGCCUCUUUUCAGCUAUUGGCCGCAAGCAGCUAAUUAUGCAAGGUAGUGAAUCCCUGUGGGGGAGGUGGGGCCAAAACUGAAAGAACUCCUUUGGCAGGCAGAAUAGAGCUUUUAUUGAGGAUAUUUCUAAGCUGACCAUCAGGGACCAAAUCACUGGAUUGUUUUUGAAAAAAAAAAAAAGAGAGAAAAAAAAAAAAAAGCGCUUCUCAGCUGAAUCACGCUGC